GACCGCCGCUCCGCCAUCCUCCUCCAGCGAGCAGCGGCACCGGUGAAGAGGCUCCAUGUGUCCCCCAUCCUCGGUCCGAUAUCUGAGCAAGAGGGCCGCGCUCCAGCCGCCCAGCGCGAACAUGAAUAAGGAUUAUUCCAUUAAUCUAUCGGUGCAGCAAGUGCUCAGCCUGUGGGUCCAGGGCACGGUACCGACCCUACAGCACUUCACAGAAAUGUGGUACUGGGUGUUCCUGUGGUGUCUAUUCUCGUCUCUGUUCGUUCACAGUGCCGUGGGUCUGCUGAUGUGUGUGACACUGCAGCGUCAUAAGAGAGGACGGCUCAUCACACUGGUGCUCAUCAGCGUGGGCUUCCUGGCCUCUCUCACAGGAGGGGUCAUCACCAGCGCGGCAGUGGCGGGUGUGUACCGUGUGGCAGGGAAGGACAUGGCUCCUCUUGAAGCUCUGGUGUUCGGGGUGGGCCAGACCGCUUUUACUGUCAUCAUUUCAUUCUCACGAAUCUUGGCCACUCUUUAAACGGAUGGAAAGCAUCACUGACUGACACACCCAACAGCCAACCAGCCGGCAGAAGAUCCGGGGUCGAGGUGAGUGGGGAUAAACCACAGAGAUUUGGCCUGUGGUGCAAAGAAAUGAGCUUUAGGAGUCACUAAUGGCCAAUGGACCACUAUAUGAAGCCCUGUAGAGAACUGAACAUUUCAAGAAGCAAAAACAGCAUUAUAGGCCAAUGACUGAAACUCAAUCAACGUGCCAACUGCCUCGAUGGAGGAUUGAGAUGAAUCCUGGGGUGUCUGUUCAUCUUUGCUAAACAUUUGUUUUGUUUUUGCACAUGGAUCGCUUCAGCUUUAUGUAAACUGAGUGGUGUUGGAGCUGUAGCUGGACCAUAAAGCCAAGAUGGAUGCAUCAAAAGCAUCCUCUGUCUAUGUAUCCUCAAUCAGUGUGGGAAAACACCACUAAACAUUUUCUAAUUCUGCUCAGCUGAACGGCCUGAAACAUUCCUGUUUGUGUGAUUAUGGAUCUUCACUCUGGGCCAGCAGUAUUACCACAUCCAGUUUUCGUCUCCGUAAGAAAUGGCUUCCACUUUGCACUUUCUGCAUUUUGAAAACUGUCUGUAGAAGGUUAUGCAAUAUGGACCUUAAUUCAAGGAGGUUUAGGUGUGAUGUGGUCUCUUGUAACCUAUAUACUGUAAAUGUAUCCAUAAUGGAAAUAUGCCUUAUUUAUAUAAUAUGGAAACACAAUGGAUCAUCAGUGUAAAUUUUAACUCUGGUAUUAGAGCUGCACGAUUAAUCGUUAAAAGAUUGCGAUCUUGAUUCAAACACCAACCACGCGAUCUCAUUCUUAAAUGGCAAUGACUGGUCUGUGUCAAUUAAACCUUUGACAAAAUCACAGCGGAACAUUCACAUCUCUGUUGCGCUGCCGCUGAUCUAGAGAGAGCAGUUGUCAUGUACAAGUAUGAAACAGCUUCACAAACAGUCUUUUCAACCACACAGUAUCAUUAUUUCUGUGUUACAAAUAUUCAUAUUAUCACAGAAGUAUUGGGAUAAAAGUACGGAGCCCUGCACAUAACAUGCAGGAAAAAAAAAGUAAAUCGUACGCACAGUUUACUAAUUCGUUCCCUUGAUUUACUAAAUCGUACGCAUGAUUUAUAAAUCAAGGGAACGACUUAGUAAAGCAUGCGCACGAUUUAGCCUACUAUUUUUUUUCCUGCAUGUCAUAUGCGGGGCGCCGUAUAAAAGUUUAUAGUUCGGAUAUAAACACUGAUGUCUAUGGAAGCGAUCACAAUAGAGCAAAUCACCUUUUGAAAGUAACUUGAGGCUUCAAAUAACGAUUGUAUCAUUACACCGUUAAGCCACCAGAUGGCGACAAGUGACUGUUAAAAAUUUAUUGUCGUUGAAUCAUUCAUUCAAGAGAUUCGUGCAAAAACGCUGAUUCAACCAGUAAUCAAAAGCUGUGUUUGAAAUUGCCCUGUACUGUCAUUCACUAUUCCCUACAUUACUCCACUAAUAUAGUUCAUUUGAAGGAAUGAAUAAAAAUGAGUGUGUGAAAAGCAGAAUACUGCUUUGCAUAGUUUGUGCUUGCUGUGUAAUAAUCACUUGAAAAUUGGCAAACUGGCAGCUCCAGUAGUCAUGAAAAGGUUUAUCUUUACCUCUGUCAUGGAGACUAGCAUGUAUAAACCUUAACUAAACUAUUUAAUAAUCAAUUAAAAAGGAAUUUAUACCUGUAUGAUAUUACGCUGUAGCCACAUUGGACCAGCGGUUUGGAAAAUGGAUUAUUCAGCUGCGGGUGCCAUCUUCUGGCGAGACACAAGAAUUCAUUCGGCAUGACCCUUACAGUGCGUUAUGGGUGUUCUCUAGCCGUUGAGUGUACAUCGGUUGUACACUCGUUAUUGUGGUGCAUUUUGGGAUUGAAUGGGUGCACUCGAUAAUGUCCACUAUGGUUUCGGACACCACUACAAAUGGCUGUUUUCCCUCAAAUAGUGCCCUAUUUAAGGGUAUGGGGGCGAUUUUGGACAGUCAUACAAGUGAAGUAUUUAUGAGUGAGUCAUUGAAUCAUUCAUUCAUACAUUUUUUUUUUUUUAAAUAAUUCAUUCAGAUUAACUAAGCAUAUUAAAUUGACUGCAGUAAUUAACAUUUUGUCAGAUCCUCUAGUAAGUUGCAUGUUAUUUUACUUAGUUGUCUGUUCAGAAUCGUGGGAGAAUCGUGAUCUCUGUUUGCAACUCUGUUUGACUCUCAAUUUAUCCAGAAUCGUGCAGCUCUAUCUGGUAUUUAUGGAAGCUUGUUUCCGCCACUGAAUUAAAAAAAAAAAAAAAGGUAAUUCCGACUUUUUAUCUCACAAUUCUGACUUUUUUCUCUCAAUUGCGAGUUUACAUUUCGUAAUUCUGGCUUUUUUCUCAGAACUGUGGGAUGUAAACUCAGUAUUGCGAGUUAUAAAGUCAGAAUUGCAAGUUAUAUAUAUAUAUAUUUUGCAAGUUAUAUAUAUAUAACUUGCUAUAUAUAUAUAUAUUAUAUAUAUAGUCAGAAUUCUGAGAAAAAAGUCAGAAUUUUGAGAUAAAAAGUCGCAAUUAUCUUUUAAAUUGUAUACAUUGGAAUUGGAUUAAACCCAGGUAUUUAAUCAAAUGUCAGUUUUAUAGCAAAGAUGACAAGUAUUCAAAAAGUCACUAUGGUCUACAACUUUUUGUUCUGUGUUAUGAUGUAAUCCAUCACCUGUGAUUAUAUCAUGGAUUCCAUGCCCUAUCCACAUCCGAAUCUGAGCUUGUCCUUGUACAAAUGUUAUUUCAUAGUAAUCUAUGUCUUUAUGUAUAACCCAUUUUAUCCAGCAUUACUGUGGCAAUACUCUCCCUGCUCGAAUAUGGGGACUUAAACCUCAGGCCUUAAAAGACAAGACAGACACCUUCGUCCUGGACUCGUUCUACACAGUUUGAGAGGCUGGCGUACGACUGUGAGUAAAUCAAGAGGUGAUUUUCUCCUUUGCAUUGGCAUCACAGGUUUAAUCUGAAUAUUGUGAUUUUUAGGAUACUCGGACUAAUGUAUUGUACUUGAAAGCUUUUGCGUGGAAGUGCACACUGAUGCCAUAAUGAAAACGGUCGCUCGUGGGUCUUUGCCAACAGACGUGUGAAAUUGCACUGUUGAUAAUUUGCCUUCCAUAAGUUUCCUCAUGGACUUCACCAAAACAGUAUAAACUAGAGUUGUGUAAGGAACAGGAGCGAGCGUCGUGGUGUUAAAAUGUUAAACGGAGAGUGUUUUGCGACCGGUGUGGAAUGUGACGACAGCGGUGUGUUUUAUGAUACCUCACUGCUGCCACUGGCUUUAUUACUGAUAAAACAUCGUUUUUUGUUUCCCUGUGCGUUUCCUUUUUAUGAACACCAUGAAUUUUGAUGUCUUAAUGCAAAUAAUUAACCUUAUAGUUGAAGACUAUUCCAUUUGUUUUGAAUGUAAAGUUUUGCAAAUAAUUGCAUUUUUAUUUUUUUGAUAAUUUAUUUGGUAGCACUUUCUAUGAAGCUUUAUAUGUAAUGCAUCAUAAAGGUAUUCAUAAAGACUUAUAGUAUACAGAAUAAUCAGUUACCAAGGCAAGAAACAGUAUUUUUAAUUGCUCUUAAAGGGGUAGUUCACCCCAAAAUGUUUUACUCACCCUUAAGCCUUCCAAGGUGUAUAUGACAAUCUUCUCUCAGACAACAAUCAGAGCUAUACUAAAAACUAUCCUGGCUCUUCCAAAUUUGUAAUGGUAGUGAAUGGUGCUUGAGAUUUUGAAGCCCAAAAAGUGCAUCCAUCCAUCAUAAAAGUAAUCCACACGGCUCCAGGGGGUUAAUAAAGGCCUUCUGAAGAGAAGCGAUGCGUUUUUGUAAGAAAAAUAUCCAUAUUUACAAAUUUAUAAUCUAUAAUAACUAGCUUCCAGCAAACAUCCAUACGCAAGUCGACUUACGGCAGAAGAGUGACCUCUGACCCGACGCAUGAUGUAUUGACGAACACGGAAACGCAAAGGAUAUAGCAAAACAAAACACCAGUCACGAAUUAGAAGUCUAAAACGAGAAUUUUUAAAGAGAAAUGUCGGAGGAUUUCGAUAUAAGAGAAGAGGAGCUUGAGUUUGUUGCUCAGCCCUAUUUGUUUAAACCAAGAGAGGUGUCUUCUCUCACCUAUACUACGUCAUACGUCAUGUCAGAGUUUACGCUUCCACUGUAAAACGAAGUUUUAAAUAAGUGAGCAGCGAUAUACUGUAAUCGAACAUUUGACGCCGCCCACUCUGCUAAGAGCGACGGUUAGAUGAAUAUGUAAAAAUGUUGUGUGCUUCUCUCUCAGUAAUAAAAUAUACACAACAAAAUCUGAGAAGCUAGCAAGUAUUUUUUAAUAAAGCAUAGAGCUGCAUGAUUAAUCGUAAAAAGAUCGCGAUCUCGAUUCAGGCACCCACGCGAUCCGACUUUAUUAAUGACAACGAUUCUCCCGCGUCUAUUAAACCUUUGACAAAAUCAUACCGGAACGUUCAAAUCUGUGUUCGUGCUGCCAGAGCCAGAGAGAGCCGUUUUGAGUCACACAUUAGUUAUUUCUGUGUUACAAAUAUUCACAUUAUCACAGAUCAAUUACAUCUAAUUCCACUAGGUGGCGACAACUGACUGUUAAAAAAUGUAUUUGUCAUUGAAUCGUUCAUUCAAAAGAUUCGUUCAAAAACACUGAUUCAUCCAGCAACGAAACAAGUAUUUAUUAAUGAGUCAUUGAAUUUAUUCAAAACCAUUUUUUAAAUAAUUAAUUCAAACAUUUUCCAGCAAUUAGAGUCAGCAAUUUAUAUUUUGUCAGAACAUCUAGUAAAUUACAUGUUGUUUUGUUUGGUUGUAUAUUCAGAAUCAUGGGAGAAUCGUGAUCUCUAUUUGAAACCAAAAAAUCGUGAUUCUCAUUUUAUCCAGAACCAUGCAGCUCUAAUAAAGCAUAAGAAAAGCAUCUGAUCAUGGCAACGUGGAUAUGUUUGUUUGCACAAGCUCUGUAAUUCGGCACGCCAGUAAAGUCACGUCGCGUUUAUAUUAUAACACUUAAUAAAAUAGAUUGCUUAAAAUCAAGCAGUUUUACUGUAUUAAACAUGAAAAACAGUGUCAGUCUCUCAUUUCAUCAGAAGUACAACUUCGUUUUCUACUAUAAAGCAGCUUCCAGUGUUCAUGUUUUCACUUGCGGACGUCUGACUUAGGGACUCAAGAGGAGAAAUGAACUGGAAAAGAUUUUCCGAGUGAAAGAAGGCAGAGCCUCAGCGCACACCUGCCUUACGUAAUGGCCAUAGACCAAUGGUAGUGCAAGCUGUUUUGAACUUCCAAAACAAACUCCAAACGAACUUCAUUUCGGCCUUUUUUCGAAAUGACUUCACAUCAGUUCGUUCUUCAAUUUCGUUUAAAGUAUAUCGGGGCCUUAAGUCGACUUGUGUAUGGAUGUUUGUCGGAAGCUGGUUACUUAGUUAAUAAAGUUGUAAAUAUGGAUAUUCACUUCGCUUCAGAAGGCCUUUAUUAACCCCUGGAGCUGUGUGGAUUACUUUUAUGAUAGAUGGAUGUGCUUUUUUGGGCUUCAAAACCUUGCCCCCAUUCACUACCAUUAUAAAGCUUGGAAGAACCAGGAUUUUUUUUUUUUUUUAAAUAACUCCGAUUGUGUUGAUCUGAAAGGAGAUAGUCAUAUACACCUAGGGUGGCUUGAGGGUGAGUAAAUCAUGGGAUAAUUAUCAUUUUUGGGUGCACUAACCCUUUAAUAACUAUGGUGAGGGACUUGAAUGAGUGAACUUGUGUUAAAUAACGGGUUUGAAUGAGAACGCUUUUUACUUAAUAUACAGAUAAACAGGUUAAAAAAAUCCAUAGCACCGAAUUAUUAUUAUAAAGCUUCAUAAUAAAGCGAGUUUAUUAUGCUUUAAUUUUAUAACCGCCUAACAACCACCUAGAACAAACAGUAUAAAGAGUAUAAUGCAUUAAAAACAAGAAUUUAAUGUAUUAUAUGAAAUGUUAUGCCGCUGUUAAAACUGUAAACAUGGAUAGGAAAGUAAAUUAUAAUUGUAGGUACAAUUAUUUAUGACUGAUUAUAGUUGCAUUUUUAAGGUAUUAUGAAAAACUUUAUGCAUUAAAAUACCUUUAAAAUGCAUUAUAUAUAGUCCUAUACAGGCUUCAUAGAUGAUGUUAUCAUUUUUCAAACAAACAAGAACAAACUCAACUGCAUUCAGUUUGCAAAUGAUUUAAUUAUUUUGAAGUAUUAUUUACAUUUUUCAUAGCAUAUGUGAGCCAUUUCUAAAACUCAGAACAGAUGUUUUGUCUUUCAGUUCCUUUUUUUUGUUUUGUUUAUUAACAGUUGUGUUAAAGCGAAUGAUGUCUUAUUGUCAGUUUAAAACACUGUAUUGUAUGAAACAAGUGAUGUCGAAGUCACUGAAACACACAGGAUCAUGGGAAAUGAUUCCUUUUGCUCUAUUCUUCUGUUGUCAUUGACAAUGUUUAUUUAAGCCAAAGUAUUUCUUAUCUCUUCAGCUUUAGUACUUUUUAAAUUGAAUAUGAUUUUUUUAAACAACUGUUUAUGACUUUUUAUAUUAUGUUUUUGCUUGUUAGAUUUCUCAGCACUAAUUCAUGAAGCUGAUUUAAGUCUGAACUACUCCUGAAAAGGCUGAUUUCCCUUUUGUUGUUACUAUGAAAGACUUUCAGAUGUUAUUAAUGAUUUUAAGGUAUUGAUGAGGGUGGUGGAUGUAAUGGCUAUUUAUUUAUUUCCAAUCUUAUGCAACUAAGAGUUGACUUUCAGUACCAGAGCAGCACUGCAGAGGGCGACAGUGUACUGUGAAUGAGUGUGAAACGAGGGAACAACCGAUUGUAGCUCUGAUCUGCAGAAUUAUGCAGGUCUGUUGUGUUGAUUCAUAAUUUAUGAGGGAUUCUGUGAGUCGGAAAAGAGUAAUUUUUUUUUACCCCUAUUGGCAGAUAUUUGUUCUAAGCAAGUUUUUCAGAAAACAAGACUUAAUAUCUUGUGUCAUUUUGCUUCAUGAGUUAAUUUGAGUUAGUUUUGUUUUUUUUGGACAACAGGACAGGACAGGAAAAUCAUUUUUACAGUGUUAUGUAUAGUGUGCAUAGUAUGAAAAUUUUCUGUAUGCACAGGAUACUAUAAGAUAACCACAAAAUUGCAUUACAAAAGCAAAACAACAAUAUUUUUUAAAGACGGGACUGAAUUAAACUUGAGGUCACGCGACUACAUUUGAAAAUUAUUACAUACUGCAUACUAUUUCACAUGCUAAUUUAAAAAAAAAAGAAGAAAGAGAGAAGAAAGAUAAUUGGCUAAAGUCAUGGCAUAUUUGAACAUGAUUAGCAUGAUGGGUUUUUGAAACACAAGCUUUAGGUGUCUGUGUUUACGAGUGAAGCUGUAGUAGAAGUGUGCUGUCCGUGUUGCUGUCUGCUUGUAUGUAGGUGUGUUUGAGUGUAUUGAAUCCGAUUUGUGAUGGAGUAUUUUCCAUUUGCAAGAAGGUUUGAUUGAUUCUAAUGUUUUGAUAAAGUUUGACUGAGCAGAACUGUGCUGAAAUACUUUUAUAGCUGCCUUUAAGAUUAUGGGAACAAUAAAUCUGCAUGUCUCUCUUAUCUUUUUUUUUUUUUUUUUACAUAGGAAAAAAAAGCUUUGCUUUUUGUUGUUUUGCACAUUUUUGAGGGUCGUAGUACUAGUUUAGCAGCUGGACUGGGUGGGUGUCCUCAUGACCCAAUCAAAUUCAUAGCUGCUGAUUGAUCAGUUGCUAUCCGUAAGUCAUAUGUGUGUGAAAAAAGUCUUAUUUUGAAUUGAAGAUGUGCCAUGAACAGACGGUAAGAUUUCAGGCCUUGAGAUGGAGAAUGUUGCAACACAGAGAGGGACAUGAUAUGGACACAUCCGUUACAGACAUUCAACACGGUUUCUUCUAUGAAAGCCAGUCACGUGUCUGUACCUCAGUGACUGCAUGCAAAAAUGCAACUCCUCUCAAACUUUAAUGUGUCCGAAUGGAUUUCUGACAAUCCCUCUUAAGCGCCGCUCUGCAGGAAGUGGCGUGUGUAGAUAGUGUAUGAUAUGUUCUUUUUUUAAUUUUGUAUGAGCAAACAGCUGUGCUUUCUAGCACCUCUAUUUAUGUACAAAUGCUCUUCUGUAAAACACUGCGGUCAGUUGAAAUAAAAAUGUUUUGCAGUAAAAGUC